AUGAGGAAACACAACCUAACACUGUACACAAUCACAAGAGACAAGCACACUAGCACAAUCACAAGAGACAAGCACACUAGCACAAUCACAAGAGACAAUCAUACUAGCACAAUCACAAGAGACAAGCACACUAGCACAAUCACAAGAGACAAGCACACUAGCACAAUCACAAGAGACAAUCAUACUAGCACAAUCACAAGAGACAAGCACACUAGCACAAUCACAAGAGACAAGCACACUAGCACAAUCACAAGAGACAAGCACACUAGCACAAUCACAAGAGACAAGCACACUAGCACAAUCACAAGAGACAAGCACACUAGCACAAUCACAAGAGACAAUCAUACUAGCACAAUCACAAGAGACAAGCACACUACACAAUCACAAGAGACAAGCACACUAGCACAAUCACAAGAGACAAGCACACUAGCACAAUCACAAGAGACAAGCACACUAGCACAAUCACAAGAGACAAGCACACUAGCACAAUCACAAGAGACAAGCACACUACCAAUAAGUGAUCUAGAAGAUGAGAAUGGAUAUGUUUCUUCAUCAAAAGCAGCAGAAGUCUUGGACAUUAUAGAGUCUAAUCUGGUGAAUAUUAUGGAAAAAAAUAAUAAAAGCAAUGUGAUGAUUGCCAAGGGGAACAUUACUGGUCUUCUCCACAUACAAGACAGGAAUACAGAGACCAAAGACAUCACCAUAUGCUACUGUUCAAACAACACCAUGGUUAUUAUGGGUCAAAAUGACAGGAAUACAGGGUGUGUGUGGACUGCAAUGUUUCCCAGUGAAGCCUUUAAUAAAUCCCGAUUGGAAAACAAUGGAAGUGCAUUUGUAGGAGUUCUGCGGUUCACCAACAUGAGGAAUAAAAAUCAAACUAAAAAUCACACCAUUUUAAACAAUGAGGUUUAUGGAAUAACAAUGGGAGCCAAUAUCUCCAACCUCACCAACAAUAUUGAAAUAACCUUUACUCAUAAGGAUCUGGUUGGUGGUCCGUCCUGCACUUCUUGGAAUGGCAAAGGAAAUCUUGAGUGGACGACAUUUGGCUGUGAGACAAAACAAAUCAACAGUAGCAGUAUAAAGUGCUCAUGUUCACAUCUCACGUUCUUCGCAGUGCUGAUGUCUGUGCCUAAUGCAAACGAUGUAGCGCCGUAUCUGGAGUCACUGACCCUCAUCUCUUCUAUCGGCUGCGGGAUCUCUGUGUUUUUUCUGGCCAUCGCUCUCUUCAUGCAUUUCCUGCUGCGGAAAGCCAAAUCCAAUCAGGCCACAAAGAUCCUGAUCAACAUGUUCUGUGCUCUGUUUCUCCUGAAUGUGUCUUUUCUGUCAAACGAGAGCGUGGCAAACUCAGGAGACAAGAAUGCGUGUGUCUUCAUAGCUCUGCUGAUGCAUUACUCCAUGCUGACCACAUUCACCUGGUUCUUCAUUCAAGCUCUUCAUAUGUACUUAUGGCUCAUCCGACAGAACGUCUCUAUUACAAACUACAUGAGGAAGAUCACCGUGUUGGGCUGGGUGUUUUCGUCUCCAGCUGUUAUUGCUGUUGUUUCUGUAGGAGGAUAUAACAAAGUGACCCUAACCGCAUCAUCUGGGAAAAUUGCACAAAUGUGCUGGAUUACAAACCCUUUCAUUCACUACAUACUGAACACUGGAUACUACAUCUUCGUUUUCAUCUUCACAAUAGUCAUCUUCAUCAUCACUAUCCUCACUAGGAUUAUCCAGUCCAGAGACACAAGAGCGAUUGUGGGCAAGAGACAGACGUUCAGAAAGCAGCUGAUGAUGGUGUUGAGUUUGUUUCUUCUGUUCGGUCUGACGUGGGCUGUUGCCUUCUUUAGUUAUGGACCGAUGCUCAUUCCCUCAUAUUACAUCUUCUGUGCGCUCAAUAGCCUUCAAGGGUUUUUCCUCUUCUUGUAUUACUAUCACAUUCACAAGGAUGUUGCUGGUCAUUUUUCAGAUGACCCGAAAAGCUCCAGCUCCAUCACAACUAUUGUUCCACCAAACAACACCAAUAAUAAUGCUGAGGAACAUGUUUAUGAUCUGGCUCGUUAAGACAGAAAAAACACCCUCUCUCAUUUUCUAAGUUAACAUAAAUCAGCGUGUCAGAAUACAGUUUUAUUAGUGUUUAUAAUCAUUUCAUAUUCAUCAUUAUAGAUUUAAACAUUAAAAGGUCAUUAAAUAUCAUGACUUGAUAUUAUUUUACAAGUUGUAUAUAUAUUCUGAUAUAUGUGGGUUCAGGGCUACUUCAACUGUAGUUACAGUAUGAAAUAUAUAGGCUAUUUUUGACUGAUAUAUUCAGGUCAUUUCUUAAAUUCUUAUCUCUAAGAUAAACCUAUUAUUUUUGUGUAUGCAAAAUGAUUUUGUAUUUACAUGUUAAAUAAUCAUACCUAGCUUACCUCAAUGGCAGAUUAUUUUUCUUGUUUUAAGGGAAAACUCACCUAAUUUUGACUAAUUAUUUCCUAAAACAAGACAUGAACAUGUAAGAGAAUUCUUCUCGAUUUAAGAAUUUGUAGAACUCUAGAGGUAAUUUUUUCAGUGUAUAUUUUAGCACAGAGGAUGAUUCCUGUAUGUUUGUCAUACUGUGUUAUACCAGCAGAUAGCGCUGUAAGACUUCAGAUUGUGUAGUUUUUCUCAUGAAUGAGUCUGAGUUUAACAUGUGAAUGAAAUUGCAGAGCUUUGUGACUCACGGAGCUGCUAUUUCAACCUGUUACUGACUCAGUUCUACAUCUUUCUGAUUCACAGUGACUAAUAAAUCUCCUCAAU